GCCGUGACUGGACUGGCCGCACUCGAUACCUAUGGUAGUGACUGAAUGGCUUGUCUUGUGAAACCAUUCCAUUCGCACCUUUCUGCUGCUUGCUGCUGAAUGUGAGCCUGGUCUCGUCUGUGAAAGGUUUGUGACGGGACACGGGCAGUGACAGGCACACACACAUACACACACACACGGGAGGCUUGGUCUCGAUGCCGCUUCCGUCUUCCCUUCUUUCUCCCCCCCGUUUCUCCCUUUGCACGCUUUUCUUUUUCCCUUUCCGCAAGUAUCGCUGUUGAAGCCAGGAUACGACUACGGCUCGACCACGAGACGUUAUGGGAUUCGGAUUCGAAUUCGACCCUUAGCACGACGCUUCCGAGUUGUCAUUCAAUCAUUUGGGUUAGCGGGAAACCACCAUCAGAAACAUCACUAUCCAGGAACUGCCUAGUCGCCGACGGCGCCAUCACCAUUGCGUCAUUCUUAUUUUUACACAUCAUUUCUUCAAGCUAACGACGAUGGCUUCGCACGACUCUGAAAGGGAUAACCCCAUCCCACUCCCUUCACCACUCCAAUCCCAUCCGCCAGACUUCCCGACCGACUCCCACGCCGACACCGACCCAGCUCCUGUUUCUCCCAUAUCCUCCAUAUUCCAAAUGUCUACAGUCCCGACGUGGCCGGGGUUCGGAGCAGGCCUUAGGAUGGUCAGCCCCAGUCCCCCGCCCACGGCCGUCGGCCCACGACCACUCCUACCGCUUCCAUUUCUCGAUACAUCUCCAGAGGUAGCUAGACAGGAGCCCGCAUAUGUCACGAGGACCCGCCUCCGCGUCGAGCGCCGCAUCCGCUACCUCCCCGAAUGGGAAACGCCCCGAAACCCGCCCAAGCGCAGCAUGCUGCAGCAGACGCGCAACCUGCUGUCGUCCAUGCCCUUCUUCGAAUCGAGAAAGCAACCGAGCUUUGUCAAGAAGCAGCAUAAGCCGCGCUCAAUGUCAAUUCCUUCACUCUUCAGUUUGAUGGACCCGCCGGUUGCGGAAGAGAAGGAUGAAGCGAUGCCUCCCAACGACCAGCAUGGGGCGAAUAAUGCAGGCUGGAGAAAGAGUUUGGGAUUUGGCUAUGGGAAGAAUAGCUCUGCGGGCUUGGAUCUGGAACGACAUGGUGAGGGCGGGAUAGUGCCGACGCAUACGGUUACGACGCUGGGCAGCAUUCCGAAUCCGCCGCCACCGCCGAGACUCACAGAGAAGGAGAGGAUGAGGAGUUGGGUCAAUCGGAGGUUGUUGCCGCCUGAGAAGCAGUACCCUUUUGGUCUAAACAGGCGGCGGUUCUGUCUUUUCGUUCUUCUGCCACUUCUGUUGCUCCUGCUGCUCGGAUUGACACUUGGCCUUGGAUUGGGACUCGGACUCAAGCACAAUGACGACGACAGCGACCUCCCAAUCCUCCCUCCCCUUGGUGAAGACCCCCCGAUGGCGAUUCAUCAAGCCACCUUCAAUCAUUAUUUCCCCUCCAACGGCACCGGCGCUUGCGGCUACAACAUCACCAAUGACGAGGUCGUCGUCGCCAUCUCGUACAAAAUCUGGGACGAAGCUGCCAAACAGGCGACUGACCUCCUUCCGCAAGAACUACAGGACAGUUCUCUAAACUCAGAUCCAAACACGAACCCGCUUUGUGGAAAGGUGAUCUGGCUAGGACGAAACGACGACUUUGAGAAUAGGGAUCACUGGAUUCAGGCGAGGGUAGCCGACAGAUGCGCGCCAGAGAGAUGUCCGGAUGGGGAGGAUCUAGACUUGACUGAAGGAGCAUUCCAGGCUGUGUACAAGUUGGGUCUGGGAAGCGCAAAUUCGGACCAAGACCCGAAUUCGGAUGCAGGAGAAGAGCAGGAUGGAGGAAAGGAAGGGUGGUGGGUUUGGGAUGCUGAAGCAGAUGUACGCAAGUGAGAUUUGGGUUUACGAGACAUGAUAAUGGGAUAUGAAUUAUGUGAUAUAGUUAUGGGAUAUGGCGCAUGGCAUUGGCUUGGGGGUGGUUAUCGAAUAUGAAUUUCAGCAUGGGUUACAGCACAUCAUGUUACGAACUGGCGCUGGGCUGGUUAGGGCAUCUGGUAUUGAAACAGGCGAACAUGACGGGGUAUGACGAUUACAAACGAUAAUGGGUUUCUUUUGUCUUGAUAUACUUGUACAGAUAGACAUGGCGGCGUCCUUCAAAGGGGAAAGCGGCGGCAUUUGUGUGGAGAUCUUGCAAAAGGUUAGGGCAUGUAUGGGAUGGAGCGGUCUCAUUAGGUACAUCGAUGGUCUUCUGAUUUU